AUGGCAAAUAUACAACUACAGACACGCUCGAUAUACCGGGCUAUACUACGUGAACUACCUUCUCGGCCUCGCUUCUCGGCCUCUCCUCUCCAGACCAAGAUUCGCCAACACCUUUCCACAGCACCGGAAGAUAGCAACGCUGCUUGGGCACAACUCGAAGAAGCAGAGCAGUUCACGCAGUACAUUAGAGCUCAGAGACAAUACGUUACAUUGCUGGAGCGAUAUAACCCCGGAGCGGAUAUGGAUCAGGAAGAACGCGUCCGGUUGACUGCCAGAAGAGUUGGGAUGAGCCUACCUAUCGAACACAAGGACGAAUCUUCGUAA